GGAUAAAAAAAAAUACAAAGCUUGAAAGCCUUGCGUGUGUCUGAAACUCCCACACUCUUAUCCUCUCUCAAUGAGUUUCUCGAGAGCAAGCCUCUUCGAUUUCCCUCUUCUUAAACCACUCGUGCUUUCUCAUCCCUCCUCUGUUUUCUCUUGCAGACGUUUUGUCACCAGAACCGUCCCGGGUCUUUCUCCUGCUGUCUUGUUGCCGACAAGACCAACUCAGAUUAUUGCUAAGAGCUCAUCAGUAACAGUACAGCCUGUGUCUGAGGACGCUAGCGAAGACCAUCAUCAUCAUCAGUCCGAAGAUGUUAGUGGAGAUUCAAUACGGAGACGUUUUCUUGACUUCUACGCCUCUCGUGGCCAUAAGGUGCUCCCAAGCGCCUCUCUUGUACCAGAAGACCCCACCGUCUUGCUAACCAUCGCUGGGAUGCUUCAGUUCAAGCCUGUUUUCCUUGGGAAGGUACCGAGAGAGGUUCCUUGUGCGACAACCGCACAGAGAUGCAUACGCACAAACGAUUUGGAGAACGUUGGAAGAACGGCCAGGCACCAUACCUUCUUCGAGAUGCUUGGGAACUUCAGUUUCGGUGAUUACUUCAAGAGAGAAGCGAUCAGAUGGGCGUGGGAGCUGUCCACAGUAGAGUUUGGGCUACCUGCUGACAGAGUUUGGGUCAGCAUCUACCAAGACGACGACGAGGCUUUUGAAAUCUGGAAGAAUGAAGUCGGUGUGCCUGUUGAGCGGAUCAAGAGAAUGGGUGAAGCUGACAACUUCUGGACCAGUGGACCGACUGGUCCUUGCGGUCCCUGCUCGGAGCUGUACUAUGACUUCUACCCUGAGAGAGGGACUGGUGAUGAUGUUGACCUUGGGGAUGAUUCAAGAUUCAUUGAGUUCUAUAACUUGGUUUUCAUGCAGUACAACAAGACGGAGGAAGGGCUGCUUGAGCCUUUGAAGCAGAAGAACAUAGACACUGGUCUUGGCUUGGAACGUAUAGCUCAGAUCCUUCAGAAGGUUCCAAACAACUACGAGACGGAUUUGAUAUAUCCAAUCAUAGCAAAGGUUUUGGAGUUGGCGAAUAUCUCAUACGACUCUGCAGAUGAAAAGGCGAAAACGAGUUUAAAAGUGAUUGCAGAUCACAUGAGAGCAGUUGUUUAUCUUAUAUCAGACGGUGUUGUGCCUUCGAAUAUUGGUAGAGGUUAUGUAGUGAGGAGGUUGAUAAGAAGAGCUGUUCGCAAGGGGAAGUCACUGGGGAUAGAUGGAGAUGGGAAAGGUAGUUUGAAGGGAGCUUUUUUACCAACAGUUGCUGAGAAAGUGAUAGAGAUGAGCGCUUAUAUUGACUCAGAUGUGAAACAAAAGUCCCCACGGAUCCUUGAGGAGAUUAGGCAAGAGGAGCUUCACUUCAAGAAAACUCUGGAAAGAGGGGAGAAGCUACUUGACCAGAAGCUUCUUGAUGCACUGUCAACAUCUGAUAAAACGCCUUGUAUAUCUGGAAAAGAUGCGUUUAUUCUCUAUGACACAUACGGUUUCCCUGUGGAGAUAACAGCAGAAGUGGCUGAAGAGCGUGGAGUCAGCAUAGACAUGGAUGGUUUCGAAGUGGAGAUGGAGAAUCAGAGACGUCAGUCACAAGCCGCUCACAAUGUUGUGAAACUAACAGUUGAAGAUGGAGAUGACAUCACGAGAGAUAUUGAUGAUACUGAGUUUCUUGGAUACGACAGUCUCUCUGCUCGUGCCGUUGUGAAGAGUCUUUUGGUUGGUGGGAAGCCUGUGAUAAGGGUUUCUGAAGGGAGUGAGGUGGAGAUUCUGCUUGAUAGAACUCCGUUCUACGCUGAGUCAGGAGGACAGAUUGCAGAUCAUGGUUUUAUGUAUGUUAACAGUGAUGGGAGCCAAGAUGAUGCUGUUGUGGAGGUGAGUGAUGUGCAGAAGUCUCUUAAGAUUUUUGUUCACAAGGGUGUAGUGAAAAGUGGAGCUUUGGAAGUUGGUAAGGAGGUGGAAGCAGCUGUAGAUGCAGACCUAAGACAACGAGCAAAGGUUCAUCAUACGGCCACACAUUUGCUGCAAUCAGCACUUAAGAAAGUAGUAGGACAAGACACAUCACAGGCUGGUUCAUUAGUAGCUUUUGACCGCCUCCGGUUUGAUUUCAAUUUUAACCGGCCUCUACAUGAUGGUGAGCUUGAGGAAAUAGAAUGCCUGAUCAAUAGGUGGAUUGGUGAUGCUACACGUCUUGAAACAAAAGUCCUUCCUCUUGCUGAUGCUAAAAGAGCUGGAGCCAUUGCAAUGUUUGGUGAAAAAUAUGAUGACGAGGUUCGUGUAGUGGAAGUUCCUGGUGUCUCCAUGGAACUUUGCGGUGGCACUCACGUUGGAAACACUGCGGAGAUAAGAGCCUUCAAGAUUAUCUCAGAACAGGGCAUUGCCUCUGGAAUCAGACGUAUUGAAGCAGUUGCAGGUGAAGCAUUCAUUGAAUACAUAAACUCGCGAGAUUCUCAAAUGAAACGUCUAUGCUCCACUCUCAAGGUGAAAGCAGAGGAUGUUACAAACAGAGUUGAUAAUCUUUUGGAGGAGCUGCGUACUGCUAGAAAAGAAGCAUCAGACUUGCGCUCAAAAGCAGCGGUUUAUAGAGCAUCUGUUAUAUCAAACAAAGCAUUCACUGUCGGAACUUCACAGACAGUAAGAGUGCUGGUUGAGUCGAUGGAUGACACAGAUGCAGACUCUUUAAAGAGUGCAGCCGAGCAUUUGGUAAGCACACUUGAAGAACCAGUGGCUGUGGUACUAGGAUCAUGUCCAGACAAAGACAAGGUUAGUUUAGUGGCUGCAUUCAGUCCAGGAGUAGUGUCUCUGGGAGUUCAGGCAGGGAAGUUCAUUGGUUCGAUAGCUAAGUUGUGCGGAGGAGGAGGUGGUGGAAAGCCUAACUUCGCUCAAGCAGGUGGCAGAAAGCCUGAGAAUCUCUCGAGUGCAUUGGAGAAAGCUCGGGAAGAACUUGUGGCAACUCUAUCCGAAAAGCUUGGGUGAAAGAACCAACUUGCUAUAUACAUGGAAAGAGAUUGUACACAUUUGCUUGGUCUUGGAAAAGUGAAUCUCUCCUAUAAGAAUGUAAAGAAAUUUGUUUUUUUUUUAAUUUAAUCUAGACGAUUAAUUUACUUAAUUGGUUUCGCUUAAUCAAGUAAUUUUCAAAUACAA